AUGCGGCCGUGGUCGGCCGCGGCCCUGGGCCAGGGUUCCAGGAUUCCCGGAUUCAAGGAUUCCAGGAUUCCAGUAUUCCAGGAUUCCAGGAUUCCAGGAUUCCAGGAUUCCAGGAUUCCAGGAUUUCAGGAUUCCAGGAUUUCAGGAUUUCAGGAUUCCAGGAUUCAAGGAUUCCAGGAUUCCAGUAUUCCAGGAUUCCAGGAUUCCAGGAUUCCAGGAUUCCAGGAUUCCAGGAUUUCAGGAUUCCAGGAUUCCAGGAUUCCAGGAUUCCAGGAUUCCAGGAUUCCAGGAUUUCAGGAUUUCAGGAUUCCAGGAUUCCAGGAUUUCAGGAUUCCAGGAUUCCAGGAUUUCAGGAUUCCAAGAUUCCAGAAUUCCAGGAUUCCAGGAUUUCAGGAUUCCAGGAUUCCAGGAUUCCAGGAUUCCAGGAUUCCAGGAUUCCAGGAUUUCGAUUUCAGGAUUCCAGGAUUUCAGGAUUUCAGGAUUCCAGGAUUCAAGGAUUCCAGGAUUCCAGUAUUCCAGGAUUUCAGGAUUCCAGGAUUCCAGGAUUCCAGGAUUCCAGGAUUUCAGGAUUCCAGGAUUCCAGGAUUCCAGGAUUCCAGGAUUCCAGGAUUUCAGGAUUCCAGGAUUCCAGGAUUUCAGGAUUCCAGGAUUUCAGGGUUCCAGGAUUCCCGGAUUCAAGGAUUCCAGGAUUCCAGUAUUCCAGGAUUCCAGGAUUCCAGGAUUCCAGGAUUCCAGGAUUCCAGGAUUUCAGGAUUCCAGGAUUCCAGGAUUCCAGGAUUCCAGGAUUCCAGGAUUUCAGGAUUCCAGGAUUCCAGGAUUUCAGGAUUCCAGGAUUUCAGGGUUCCAGGAUUCCCGGAUUCAAGGAUUCCAGGAUUCCAGUAUUCCAGGAUUCCAGGAUUCCAGGAUUCCAGCAUUCCAGGAUUCCAGGAUUUCAAAAAAACAGGAUUUCAGGAUUUCAGGAUUCCAGGAUUCAAGGAUUCCAGGAUUCCA